CAUUUUGUUUUCGUCUUCUUCUUCUUCUUUCUUCUGCUCCCUUAUAUGUCUCUCCUUCUUUCCAUUAAAAUGUUGCUCACUUAUAUGUCUCUGAAAUUCCAGGAUGCUGUCGGUGGGGCUUGGGUUCACUCAAUUGGACUCCCAAAAACUAUGAUUGUGGUAGAUAGGCAACAUCCUCAAUUGAUAGGGGUGGGCAAAUCGAGUGCAAGCUCUUUAAAGGGUCAUCGACACACUUCUUUGAUGGGUGCCGAAUGGAGGUGGACAUAAUCGGUCAUCAAUGGAGCUUGGGUUCACUCAAUUGGGUUGAUUUUUGCCAUGGUGACCUUCAAGACUUGCAUUCGACUAGAAUGAAGGCGAAGAAGAGCCUUUGGUUCACUGGAGGAGCAUUUCCUUCUAUGUCACUAUAUGCCGGAUCUAACCAAUAGAUUUCUUUCGGACAAGCAUAGAAUAAGCCUUGUCUCCAUUUUACGUUUAUUUUUUUCAUUGAACUGCUUGUGUGUAGAGAGGUGUAUGGGUUCAUUGUGUAAACAUAGCAUUUAACAGAAAUAAUAUAAAUUUCUUUUACAA